AAGUAGUUAAUAAAUAUGGCAACUUGUUAUAAGACCGUGCAUACUAAGCACUCGUUAAAUGUUUCAUGUUCAAUUGUAGAAUAUUUAAAUAGGUAUUUAAAUAAUUUAAUUAAAAAUGAAGAUUAGAGAAUCAUUUGUAUCAUAUUAUAAAAGUAAUAUAUUCUUAAAAAAUGUCAUUUACCGAUACGCUUCGACCGGCAUAAACCAAUUUUCGAAUGCAGAAAUUACAAAUGUAAUAAAAAAGGAUAUAGAAAAAUAUUGGAAAGAUAAAAUUAACUUACAUCAAUUUGAUGAUGCAGAUAAUACAAGGAGAAAGUUUUAUGUAUUAUCAAUGUUCCCAUAUCCUUCCGGAACACUUCAUAUGGGACAUGUAAGGGUUUAUACAAUAAGUGAUACAGUUGCUCGUUUUUAUAGAAUGAAAGGAUACAAUGUCCUUCAUCCAAUGGGUUGGGAUGCAUUUGGAUUACCUGCUGAGAAUGCUGCAAUUGAAAAACAAGUUGAUCCUGCUGUGUGGACAUACGAUAACAUUAAAAAGAUGAGAAAUCAAUUAAAAUCAUUGAAUUAUUCUUUUGAUUGGAAUAGAGAAUUUGCUACAUGUGAUCAUGAAUAUUAUAAGUGGACGCAGGAAUUAUUUUUAAAACUUUUUGACAAAGAUUUGGUUUAUCGGAAAGAAUCAUUUGUUAAUUGGGAUCCUGUUGAUGAAACUGUAUUAGCAGAGGAACAAGUUGAUGCAAAUAAUUGCUCUUGGAGAUCAGGUGCAAAAGUAGAAAAAAAGUUGCUAAAUCAGUGGUUCGUUAGGACUACAUCAUUUGCUAAAUCAUUGUUUCAAGGUUUAGAUGAUCCAACAUUGAUAGAAUGGAGAGAUGUCAAAAAGAUCCAACAAAAUUGGAUAGGUGACUGUAGUGGUACUAGUUUUGAAUUACAGUUGAUGGGAACUAUCCCAAAUUAUCCCAAAACAGUAAAUAUUUGGACUAAUUAUCCAGAAUUUAUUGAAUAUGCAAAGUUUAUUGCAAUAUCUCCAAAAAGCUUAUUAAAUAGAUCAGAGUAUUGUAGAGAUGUGGCAGAAGGAAUUCAAAUCAUAGAUGUUAAAGUAAUAAACCCAUUCAAUGGAAAUGAAUUGCCAGUAUUUGUAACGGAUAAAGUUGCAUUUCCAACUCAUAGAGAUACUUAUCUUGGUAUACCGUCUGCUUCAAUAGAUGAUUAUCAGUUUUCUGAAAUAGUUGGGAUUGAAUUUGUACGGCAUUCAAUAAGAAGUUAUGAGGAACAAGAAAACAAAAGAUCAGAAAUAUUAUCUAAAGCAAGAAAGUGGAAAAUUGGUGGAUACCCUGUUGGUUCAAGAUUGCAAGAUUGGUUAAUAUCUAGACAGAGGUAUUGGGGUACACCAAUUCCAAUUAUUUAUUGUUUAAAUUGUGGUAUCCAACCAGUACCACGCAAUGAUCUUCCUGUAAUUUUACCAAAUGUAACAUUUUCAUCUUCAAAUAAAAAGUCUAUAUUAUGUGAAACUAAGGAUUGGUUAAAUACUUCUUGUCCUAAAUGUGGAGCUCAAGCAGUUAGAGAAUCAGAUACAAUGGACACAUUUGUAGAUAGUUCAUGGUAUUAUCUGAGAUACAUUGACCCACAAAAUAUGAAAGAGAUGUUUGCUGUUGACAAAGCAAAAGAAAUGUUUCCUAUUGAUCUGUAUAUAGGUGGAAAAGAACAUGCUGUACUGCACUUAUAUUAUGCCAGAUUUAUAAGUCAUUUUCUACAUUCAGAAGGACUUUUACCCACUCCAGAACCAUUUAAACAAUUGCUUGUGCAGGGUAUGGUACUUAGUAAAACAUAUCAGCUAGAAAAGACAGAGAAAUAUUUAAAAGCGGAUGAAGUGGAAGAACAUGCAGGAAAACAUGUAAAAAAGAAUACCAAAGAACCAGUCAUUGUCUCAUGGGACAAAAUGUCUAAAUCAAAACAUAAUGGCAUUGAUCCUCUUGAAUUUUUAGAUAAAUAUGGAAUUGAUACAACUAGAUUAUUUAUAUUAGCUGAUCAAGCACCAACUUCAGAUAAGCGUUGUGACCAUAAUACCAUGCCGGGAAUAUUAAAUUGGCAAAAUCGUUUAUGGAAGACUGUAAAAACUUUUAACGAUUAUCGCAAUAGCAUAACUUCAGAAGAGCUUCAGGCGGAACCUAUUGAUUCUAAAUUUGCAGAACAUGAUGAAUACAUGUUUGAUAGUCGAAAUUAUUUUUUAAAGUCUGUAACUUAUAAUAUAAUCGGAUCUCAACAAUUAAGUAUUGCAAUAUCAAGAAUGCAAGGACUUACAAAUAGCAUACGCAAAGUGUGUGUAGAAUGCAUGAAAAAAAGUCGUGAAUAUGAACGUGCAUUAGCAGUCCAAAUUAUAAUGCUUGCUCCAUUUGCACCACAUUUUGCUUCGGAAUUGUGGUCCGCAUUUUCUGAGGUAAAACAUCAUCUAAUAGAUAAGAAUGAAGUGGACUUAGAUAAAGAUGUUAUGGAACAAAAAUGGCCAGAAAUAGAUAUGAAUUAUAAAAUGUCUGUAGAGAUCAUAAUAAAUAAUGGGUUUUGCACAAAGAUUAAAAUACCCAAGUAUGAAGUAGAUAAAUUAUCACUUGAGACAGCUCUUGAUUUAAUACAGAAUGAGCCAGCUGUCCAGAAACGUUUAAAGAAGCAUAAGAUCGUUAAAUCUAGACUUCUUUCAAGGGAAGGCUGUGAUCCAAAAAUAUUAAUUUCAACAAAAAGACGAGUAGACAAUGUUCAAAUGUAAUACAACAGGUAAGAAAAAUAGAAGCAGAAAAAGAAUUAUAGAUAUAUAUGUAAUUUUUUAUCAAAUAUACUUUUUGUAUGAAAACUAAGUUAUUUAAAUGUAAAGAGCCUGUACAUAAUGAAACUAACUACAUAAAUAAAAAUUUUGUUUACUGUU